CAGCAGAACCAGCGGAACCAACAACAGCAGCCGAAGAAGAAGCAGAAGAAGAAGGAGUAAAAAAUGGCGACGCUAGACAUCGCUUGAAGCUUUACAAUAGCAACCGAAAGUGAGCUAGCUAGCUGGCUAAUCUGCCUAGUAUUUUAACAUUAACUAAAUUAGCUAGCUAGGUGAAUAUUUAACAUUUUAAUCCCACAAGCAAGCGCUCCUGUUUUUACAUUUUGUGGCUCUGUGUGUGUGUGUGUGUGUGUGUGUGUGUGUGUGUGUGUGUGUGUGUGUUGUUCGUCCUGCAGGAGCGAUGGAUAAGUCAGCGAGCAGCACUGCGCAGGUCGUCCAGGUGUGUUUCCCCAACGUGCGAGCGCAGGUGCUGGACAACCUGAACCGUCAGCGAGAGGAAGGACGACUGUGUGAUCUGUCUAUCCAGGUUCAGGGGCAGGUGUUCAGGGCGCAUCGGUGUGUGCUGGCGGCUUCCUCGCCCUACUUUCAUGACCAGGUGCUGCUGAAGAACGUGAGCACGGUGUCUCUGCCGUCCGUCAUGGAUCCUCUGGCCUUCGAGAGCGUCCUCAACUCGGCCUACACGGGCCAGCUGAGCAUCGUGCGCGACGACAUCGUCAACUACGUCACGGUGGCCAGCUUUCUGCAGAUGUGGCACAUUGUGGACAAGUGCACCGAUAUCCUGAAGAGGUCGCGACCUUUGACCCAGGCCAGCCCAGGCGUAGAGUCUGGCAACUCCAGGCACCAAAGUCCCAGCAGCUCGGAUUGCCUGACUGAAUCCGAGGAGCAGAAGAAGCCCCUCGGAGGAGAAUGCUCCGCUCUUCCGCCUCUGGCCACCUGGAGGAGGCCGCAGCAGGUGCCCCAGCAGGGUAAAUGGGGCAAAUCCAAGCUGUUUCUGCCCCCCCAGCACAGAGCCGACUCUCCCCCGGCUGGGGAAGUAGAGCGGGCGUGUAGCCCCGAGGCUGUGAACGAGAGGCGCAACUGGAUGCGCUCUCGUCUCCGGGAGAGCAGGGAGACGGACGAGGAGGACAGGAGGCGAGGGGAGAGGUGGAUGGAGGCGGAUGAAGGUGUAGGGGAGGAAUCAGAGUUGGAGGAGGAGGAGCGACGGGCCGGAGGCUGCGUCUCAGGGGCAGCACUUAAAAAGGAGGGAGAGAGAGGGGGAGAGAGAGAGGGUGCAGAGAGGGACAAAGAUCACGAGGAAGGGUUUCUACCAGCAGCUCAGGACGCACAGGAAGUGCUCGUUGCUGCUCACUGUUCUCUUUCUGCACGCGCUCAGUGGCAGCCGGCAGCUGAUUGGUCGACGGGGCCUUGCGCUCAGCCGGGAGGGAAGUUAAUCGAGGAUGCUGAGAAGGACGUAGAAGAAGUGGACUUUGGACGUUUCGUAGAGGGAGGAUUCGAGGGAGAGACGUACGACGAGAUCGAGGAUGGGACGGGACAAGUUUCCCAGAGGCCUUUGCUUCCUGUGUCGCCUGGCAACGCUGGGGGUGGAGUGGACUUUGUGCUAGGGCCUUCGGAGCUUCCGUGGACGUCAGGCGCGCUCUCGUCCCCCUCCGUUCCUCCUUCCUCCUCUCCCGUGCCCUCCUCCUCGUCUCCGCCCUCCCUCGCGCCCUACGCAGGCAAAGUGCACUUCUGCCACUGCGGUAAAGCCUUCACACUGAAGAGCAUGCGAGAUCGUCACGUCAAGAUGCAGCACCUCAACCUGCGGCCCUUCGCCUGCCCCGUCUGUGCCAAGAGCUUCAAGAUGAAGCACCACCUGACCAAGCACGUGAAGACACACGGCGCUCUGCGGCCUUACGAGUGCACCAUCUGCGGCAAGAAGAUCAUCUGGAGGGACAGUUUCCUCAAACACCAAGCGCGCUGCCAGCACCUCGCCAGCAGAUCGGCCUGCGCCGACACCAACGAGGCAGAGUCGGGGCAGGACGAGGCGGAGAUGGAGUAUGAGGGUUACCCAGGUGAGGGGCAGGUAAAGAUGGAGCAGGCGGAGCAUGAGGGAGCUCCAUUGGAGCACGUUCUGAAGGAGGAAGAUGGAGGCAGCUACACUUGAUAAGCAGAUCUUAUCAAUACGGUGUUAUAAUCCUGUAGAGGUGAAGAAACUUCUUCAUGGCUUGAUCCACCACUGCAUCAGCAUCAGCUGCUCUUCUUCAAAUCUCCAUCAUCGUUUGAUUGAUUUGAUUUUUAUCUUGACUGCAGAAGAUACAGUUCCUUAAGGAACCCAUGAUAGUGUAGACUCUGUGGUACUGCAUGGUGAUUACUCGCACGUGGUAUCAGUAUUACAAUUUAAUGCUGGUUCAGUGAUGUAGCUCACACCUUUCAGUACCACAACCUUGAAUUAUAUAUAAAUGUUUCCUUAUUUUGCAUCUUUAUCAAUCACAUCCAUUAAGAACCAGUACCAGAUAACAAAAAUGGAUUUUUUUUUUUUCAUAACUAGAGACAUAAACUUAAUUUAUUGUGCAGUUUAGGCUUUUCAGUUCACACUGAGUGCAACAUGCAUCACAGGGCUCUUAAGCAAAUCUGAAAAAUCUCUGGUAUUUUAGAUCGGAAAAGUGUGAACAAUGUUCAGGAAAAAGUAUCCAUUGUGUUUAGAUGUUUUCUGAUCUGCUGCGGUUUCGUGUUUUUUUUACAUUUCAAAAGAAUUACUUUUAAAAAUUUUGGGGAAACCAGUUUUUAAAAAAAACAGUGUGGAAAAUCUCUUGUGAUUUUAUUUUUUUUUCAUUAUGUGGAGUGUCGUUUCUGUGCUUUCUCACCAUGAGUGAGUAAAUAUAACAUGCAAUCUAUCAGUUAUUAGACCUUCUGAUUAUUAUAAACAUUUUCCCACCAGAGUUUCCGACAGCCUGCGUGUCCUGGAAUGAUCAAGUUUACCAGACAAACUGGAAAAAAUCCGGUUAUCUCAUUUCGGUGUUUACGUUGCACAGUGACGUUUUGGACUACGCAUAGUAUAUUUAAUAUAAUAUAAUAUAAUAAUAACAAACCGUGAAUAGCGAAACCUUUCUUAGUGUGAGCAGAACAUUUUUUUCUCUCCAUCGACGGUCUCGUGUCUUAGCCAUAGAAAUUUCUCUUUCCAUUCGGGUCUAAAUGGACGAGAUUUCUGCUUCUUUGUGGGUGAAGUGACGCUAGCAGAUGGCUCAGGGACUACAUCGUGCUCCUCGUCCUGCCGUUUAAGAAACUGGCCGGUUAGGAUUUCAGAAAUGACUGAGAGGUGUUUGCUUAGAGAUACAGGACUGUGCAAAAGUCUUAGGCGCCCUAUUUUUUUUUUUUUAGUACAAACUUUGUUAUAGAUUUUCAUUUUAUGACGUCUACAUUAUCUUUUGCUAAGAUUCUCCUUUUCAAGCUGCUAAACACUUUCUUCAUAUUUUUACAUAUAACAUCUAUAUUCUGUCAAAUAGAGUCUAUUCUAUUUUAAUUUUCCAUUUUAUUCAUUAUAUUCUUUUAGCAUAUUCGGCUUUUUAUUAUAUUAUGUUUAUGUAUCACAGUUGCACUGUGGGACGAGGCAGUAAGCAAAAACAUUUCACUACAUUAAUACAUCACGUGUAUGUGACAAAUAAAGAACCUUGAACCUUCAACAUUAUUGAUUCAGUACAAAAACAUUUUAGAUUUCCAAACAUUAGUUUUCCAGCACAAAAUGAAAUGUUACAGAAAAAUGUUUGUAUGUCAGUAAAGAAAGCAGCAGAUUCCAUAAGAGACACUUUUCAGAUAAAAACAGAAUGAAGGCUGCUGGGUUUCGCUGCAGAAAUAAGAAGCGAGUCGACAGUCAAAGUCUCCAGAAGAACUGUGGCUGCUUCUGCAAGAUGCUCAGUAACACUUCCAGCUCAUUUCCUUAUAAACCUGCACACACUGCACCUCAGAUACUGCUUUAUUUUAAAAGUGAAGGAUCGUCACAUUAAAUAUUGACUUUGUUUCAUUUAUUACUGUUUACUGCUCUUUAUAGGAUUUUUUAAUGUAGAAACAUUUAAUUUCAUUAUUUUUGAAGGCAUCUUUGCUCUACAGCAUUUCUUUGCAUGUGCCUAAGACUUUUGCACAGAACUGGAUUUGGUUGUUGCGCUAUUGCACGCUAGCUCGUAAUGUUGUAAUGUAUUAGCUGUGUUCCACGCAAACACACACACACACACACACACACAAACUAUGUAAGUAUCAAGGAUUUAAUAGCGAGCCAAUCAGAGUACACGUUACAGGAGAAAUAUGAAAAACAUUGUGCAGACAGAGACCUUAUUUAGGUGUGCAACUGCAAACGUACUUUGUCUAAUGUAUGUCUGCUUCGGGUUAAUAUUUUUUACCAGACAUUGUGUCCCAAAUUUUUGAUUUUAUCGGACAUUGGGAAUGUUUAACGGUCAAAAACGGGUAUUUACCAGCUAACGGAAACUCUGGUUCCCACUGUUUACGAUUAAAUAAAGUUUAUUAGCCUGACAAAAUAAUCUCAGCAUGGGCGUGACUGCAGUAAAGAAGGAAAACUUUCUUCUUUCAGUUGCCCAGUAAGAGUAAAGUAGAUAAUCUACCUAAAGUGCAGCUGUAAAAUGCACUUUAGGUAGAUUAUCUACUUUAAUGCAGAAUUAUUACUAAGUUUUGAGAAAUUAUUAAAGCUAUACAAUGAGAUUUAUAUUAGGGUUUUUAAGGAAACCACUUUAAAAUAUUACUGCGUCUACAGAAAUAUCUUUUUAACUUCUAUAACUAAAUAUUUCUUUAACAUAACUGUACAUGCAUGAGCUUAUAUAAGCGGACCUUUGGACACAGUCAUGUUUUCCGACUUUUACAGGUUCUGAAUAGCAGCUCAGAGCAUGCUAAGUACGAGUUAUCACUCAAAAUACUCCAAAAGAGCAGGCUUCUUGUUCUUGCCAAUAAAAAAGGCAGAUGAGCCGAUCAACGUAUGAAUCUGGAAUGACUGAACGUUGCAUAGGUGUUUCGAACUCUCUGAUAUUGACUGACACAGUGGAAGCCCCGCCCACUUCCCCCGGUCUCACAGUAAUGUUUCAGCUGGUGCUCAAAGCAAAUGGAGAAUGUUUUGAGUUCAUUAAUGUGACAUAAAAUCUAUCUAUUACUGACUUAGCUAACAUUAGACAAGUGGAUAUUUAACAUCAGGUAAUUAUGUUUAUUUGGGAUGGCACUGACAAUUUUUGCUCGAAAAUGUAACUUUGUAUAUUUGUUUUUUUUUAAUUAGGCAUGCAGUGACAUGUCAAACCUGACACUUUACAAAGAAUUUUAUUUGUAAUAAUAAUUUGAAAGAGACAACUCUCACACACUCUCAGUGAGUCUAUGCGUUAUUCCUUUUCGCUGUUGUGAUGCCUAACAAAACACACAUUUUGGUUACUUGUUAUUAUUGAUUGGACUUUAAAAAUCAUCACCUCUAGCCUGUAAUAAAUCUCAGAUUUCAGGAAUGCCAAUCCCGGAGUCACAAUCCCACCUUUGAAAACUCGAGACAUCUUUAAGAAUCUGCAUCAUUGAUGGUCUCAUUUUGUGAAAGUAGCUGCUGAGCUGCUUAAACACCAAUGAUUUUUGUAGCUCAUGACCAGCGAGGAUGUGUAAGUCUGAUAACAGGACAUCAUUUUUUGUGUGUUUUUCACAGACGCUUGGAAGUAAAGUGUUAAAGUUUGCUGGAACACAGGGUAGAGUUUUAAUAAAGCAAUGAAAAAUAAAUCACAUGUUUUAAAAGUGAGUAAAGAUGGCCAGUUUGGGAUGUGACUUAGAUGAGGAACCCAAGAGGAACGACACACCGUAUGCUGAUGAGUAUCACUGUCUAUCUGUAUAACUGAUUAGUUCACAAUUAUUUUCACGUUACUUUGACGUAAAUGUUGGUUUUUAACGUUUUACAUUUUAUGUAAAGAUGCAGCACUCGAUAGAAUUUGAAACUUUUUCAUCAAGACAACCUGAAGAAACCCGAAACCGUGCAUCAGUGUAAAAGAAUUAUGGAUGUUAGCCCUGUAUGUAUGUUGCAGUCUGUGUGUUUAGUUGAUGUAAAAUGUGUCUCUGGACCUCAGCACGCUGAGGACUAUCAUUUCCAUAUACACACAGUUCCCAUGCUGAAGGUCCUGAAGGUCCAGCAUCUCUAUGAUACGACGUGUAAAUAAAAAACGUAUGACACAGACACCAGAACUGACCUACUGAGGUGUCACAGGUUAAUUCAGCAGUUUUCCAUACCAUCCCAAUCCCGACAUAUUUCUGGAAUUUCAUCUUGUUCAUCAUAUGUUAGACUUUAUCACUAUUUCGGGAUGCAAGGACAGGAGGAGACAAGUGAGACUCUGACGUGAUGUUAUUUAUUAAUGACUUGUUGCUAGAUCUCCUGUCACUGAGCAUAAUGAAUUUGCCUGUACACAUGACUGCUUGAUUACACACUGAAUAAACAUCAACAAUCAUCA